ACAUCAUCACGAAUCGUUUCUCCAUGGAGCACGAGGCGAACUGGGGCCUCGAAGGCGAUGGCGUCGUGGAGAACCUCUUCUACUACCUGUGGUGCAAAGACGAGUUUGGCGGCGGGCCGUCCCUGCUCAUCCCAGACACAGUCGUGUACAAGUUCACGCAGCCCGCGUUCUGGUACUUUACGAGCACGUCUGGCAAGGUCAAGAAGAAAGUCAAGGCCAGCUUGACCAAUGUGCAAAUCGAAAAAGAGUUUUGCCGAAAGUCCUGUGGCGUUGACAUCGUCGCGUACUACAUCUACAUGCUUAACGACGCACCAACCAUCGAAUACUUCAACGCCGACGGUCUCAGUACGUACUCUUGCAUUUCCAUGUUCACUCAUACAUGUCGGGACACGCAGGGGACUUUUUGUAUGCUCGGCAAAAGAUCCACAACGGCGUGUUGCAGCGCUUCGUUGUGCCCAAAGGCUCGUGCAAUUCCAUGAUUCGAGCGAUUUGGACGCCCAAGAUGUGCCUCUUGGAACGUAAGACGAAUGCGCGGCGGCUCCACGACCUCCGGUACGGCUUGUACGAGCGCGCCGUGACGUUUGACGGAGCCGACGCGUACAGCAACCCCGAUCCUGUCCGGGGCUCCAUCCUCCCGGGGGACAUCCAGUACCUGUGCGAGCAGAUCGUGGACCACGUGAUGGAAGUGUCGUUUCACAAGCACCGGAUCUCGCGCAUGGUGCUGCAUCUCAAGACGGACUCAGACGACAACGUGUGGCUGUUGUGGUCGUCAUCCGUUCGUCUUGCUCACGCUGCCACGUUAUGUGAUUUGAUCAAACCACUCGACAUCAACGCCGACGCGCACGUGCCGUCGUUCGUGCACUUGAACGUCAUGCCCGACGGGAAGCCGAAGUCCAAGAUCAAGCAGUUUACGACUUGUCGGUCCUGCGGCGCGUCCAUCGACGCGUCCGUAGGCUCCACCGUCACGUACAAAGCAAUCCUCGAGCAUUUCCGACAGCUGCUGCAUGCUUUGAAGGUCGACAUGUUGCGGCGACCGACCGCGGCGGUGCUGUGGCCGCCGGAUGACAGCAUCAUCCACGCGGCGGGCGGCGUCGGGUUCGGCAUCCUCCGGGACACGGCCCCCCACCUCCCGUCGUCGUCGUCAUCACAACAUGGCGCCCCCCGUCGUCCGAAUGUCUCCAAACCCAUCACUGAAACCGACGUGACCAUCCCCCCCAUGCUGCGCUCCCUGCAUCCGCACCUGACCCUCGACGACUUUGGCCGGUUCUCCCACGACCCAGUGUUCUUGUACAAGACAGCGACAGUGUGCACUGACUGCUUUCUCGUGUUUGCCGACUACUCGACGUCAGCGCUCGAAGUCAACACGCUACGCCAAGAAGCCCCCGCGGUGCUCCGCCCCCAACGCGACAUCCCCCCGCUCAAACAAGGCGGUCUUGUCAAGUCCACCAGCACCCUGCCCAACUCGGCGUGGAUGCCGCAGAAAGGGGGCAAGUCCCCCUCGUCGAUAGUUGCUGCCAUGCCAAAACGCCAGUACACGUUCAAACCGCCGCCGUCGCUGCCGCAGCGCAUCGACCACACCAUGCUGGACGAAGUGGAGCGCCAGAUGCCGUCGGAAUUACUGCGAUCGUCGGCGUCCGCCCCAACCAUACGAUCCUCGCCCCCCCCUCCCAACCAAACAACCAACCCCCACCAUCCCGUCACGGCGGCCGCGUACGUUCCCGAAGCGUGGCGGCAGCAGCCAACCAUGGUGCCAAACCCCCUCUUGUCCGCCAACGCGUUAACAACCAUGGCCAAGGAAGACAGCUUCUUCGCCGACCUCUCGGCCUCGUCCAUGACGCUGGCACAGCACCAUCCGCUGCGGCACAUGGUCGACAGUGCGUCCAAGUUGACUACAUCAACCGCCGCCGCCUCCAUCUCGAGUCUGUCAGAAGCGACGGGGCCGCCGCGAAAGGCCAAGACGGUGCGGAAUCCGUACACCGUCGUCCAGACCUUGCGAGGUGACGGCACGGGGGGGGUGGCGGCGUCCUCCGCCCAAAUCGACCGGAAAAAGCCCCACAAGAAGUCAACCGUUGCACGAUUGUCAAGGAAAUCGUCGGCCGCGAGUAUGACGUUUCAACGGCUCGUGCCGACCGACGAGGAGCGCGUGACGUCGCUCAAACAUCGAGAGUUCCUUCUGCAGUCGCUGCAUGAGAUCCAGCAACAGAUGGCAACCCCCGACACUUUAGCCGACGUGCUCGGAGAUGCAUGGACAAGCGAUCGACGGCAGCAGUCGGCACGGACGCCUGUGUUUGAUGAAGAAGCCACCACGUAUUCCACAAACUCCAACGACGACGAAUAUGCAUGUAGCACAGAAGACCUACAGGAGAAGAAUCAUAGAUCGAAUGCAAUCAAGGACGACCAGAACGACGACGAGCGCAGGGCAUAUGGUGGUUCAGCUCGUCGUGAGAUUGAAGCCGACCUAGCGACACCCGCGAUGCUGUUACGGCAGCCGCCUUUGCAAGAUGACCACAGCGGGGGGGUGCUUCAAUCUGAGCUUGACCCUGCUGCUAUGGUGCUCACCGGUAGAUCGGCGACCAGCCGCCCACAAGACGUAGACGACGGCACCGACACCCGGCAUCUGACACCUCCCAUGGGUGGCAGCAGUCCGCCCACUCCCUCCACGGAAGAACCGUCUUUGACUUCUGGACUCGGCGACGACUUGAUCCUUCCACUGUCUACUGAAAGCUCGACAUCGCAGACAUUUCACGACGAAGUUAACGGCACCUCUGACUCGACCCCCGUUGACAUGUCGUCAACGGAGCCAGACGGAGCUCUCGAACUGGCCAUCUCUACCCAACAACUACCGUUCACGGGAGAUUCAGACGCACUACCCGACGGUCUCGUCAGUGAACGGCACUCGGUCGCGUCUGACGACAUGGCCAUGUCCGCGAGUUCGACGCCGGCCGCCGCCGCCGACUCGUCUGGCCACGAUGACAUGGACGAGGGGGGAGCCACGUACUUGUAGGGCCACACAGUAGUAAUAACAACACCCAUUCAUUCGA